CUCGGUCUGCGCCUGCAGGUGCGGAGCAGUGAUGAUGACAAGGGACAGGAAUGUCCUUUGGCAGCUGCCAGGAAUCCACGAGCAGCUGGAGCGAGCAGACGAGGAGGUCCGGCGGCCGCCGCUGCGAGUCCCGGGUCCGCCAGCAGAGGGCCUCAGGCGCCCCGCUCGCCGCUCCUUCUGCUAGGAAAUACUGCAGCCUUCUGGACUGCGUCUGGCUCUCCAGGGUGGGGGAGGGCGCUGCAAGUCCCGCCCACCUCGGGGAAGGGGGUGGUCUGCGCGAAAGACAAGCCGAGCCCCGCACACCAUGUCACUGUGUGAAGGAGACAGCAGCGGCUAGGCUGGGAGGGCGAAAUCCCAAGAAAAGGGGGCGACAAGCCGGCGGCCGAGAUUUGCGGGGCUCUUUUUCUUUUCCGUUUUUUUCUGGGGGCGGGGGGCGUUUUUGGAAUAACCGCUGAGCCGUCCGCCCCCCUUCCUGUGGGCACAAACUACCUGGAGUUGAUGCCGUCUGCCCGCAUGCCGUCUUGACAGGACCUGACCGCCGCCGCCGCACUUCUUGGGGAAUUUACGGUCUCCUGACACCCCCACGGCCCCCUACUAUACGCCCCCCGGGGUUUUUUUUUUUUUUUUUUGCAUUGAUCGGAGCCUCGCAUGUGACGAUCCGCUAAAGACAGCUCGGCGCAGCCUGCCACGGGCACCGGGAGGAAAACAGCGAAAGGGAAAUUCAACGGAGCCCCGGACCGGCAAAGAAAGGCAGGCGAUUAGAAGCCGAGCGGCCCGGCUGGUAACUCAUAGCCCCCACCCCCCCCCACCCCACCCCUCUCCCUUCCUCUCCCCUCCCCACCCCACUGCUUCUCCUCCGUUACCGGUGUCCCCUCUGCUUGGCUCUGCCUUCGGAAACUGGAAAUUGAGUCGAGCAGAGCGACAGGAGUGACAAGUAGCGAGCCGCCGUCCCGACGUCUCAUCCGUCAUCCCGUCCCGGGGAUGGGCAGGGGGCAACACAGACUGGCAGCGAUUCCCCUGCGACGGACCUAACGAUUCCAGCUACAUGGGCAAACGACUGGAGCAUCGACCAAUGUACCCUCAGUACACCUACUACUACCCUCAUUACAUCCAGACCAAGCAAUCCUAUGCCCUGACUCCUCAUCCCAUGGCGCCCCCCAGCCCGAGCACCAACAGCAGCAGCAACAGCAGCAGCAGUGAGCAGCUGAGCAAAACUAACCUGUACAUCCGAGGUCUCCCACCGGGCACCACCGACCAGGACCUCAUCAAGCUCUGCCAACCAUACGGAAAAAUCGUUUCAACGAAGGCAAUUCUGGACAAAAACACGAAUCAGUGCAAAGGUUACGGCUUUGUGGACUUCGACAGCCCAGCAGCGGCCCAGAAAGCAGUGGCGUCCCUCAAGGCCAGCGGAGUGCAGGCCCAGAUGGCGAAGCAGCAGGAGCAGGACCCCACCAACCUGUACAUCUCCAAUCUGCCCGCCUCCAUGGAUGAGCAGGAGCUGGAGAGCACGCUGAAGCCCUUCGGCCACGUCAUCUCCACACGCAUCCUGAGAGACGCCAGCGGCAUCAGCCGAGGAGUUGGCUUCGCCAGAAUGGAAUCAACUGAGAAGUGUGAAGUUGUGAUUCAACACUUCAACGGGAAGUACCUGAAAACUCCGCCAGGUGUGCCAGCCCCCAGUGAGCCUUUGCUGUGCAAGUUUGCUGACGGCGGGCAGAAGAAGAGACAAAGUCAAAGCAAAUACUCGCAGAAUGGCAGGCCCUGGCACAGAGACGGAGAGAUUCUAUUCAACACCAUACAGCAUUGCCACCAACCGAAUGAUCGCCCAGACAUCAAUCACGCCAUUCAUUGCCGCCUCGCCAGUCUCCACAUAUCAGGUCCAGAGCACGUCCUGGAUGCCCCAUCAGCCGUAUGUCAUGCAGCCCACAGGUCCCGUCAUCACGCCAGCGAUGGACCACCCCAUGUCAAUGCAGCCGGCCACCAUGAUGGGCCCCCUCACUCAGCAGAUGAAUCAUCUGUCAUUGGGUACAAGUGGCACGUACUUGACUGCUGCAGCUGCACCUAUGCAAGGGACUUUCAUGCCCCCCUACACUCCUGUGCCUCCAGCCGCUGUUCCUGUCGAGGUAACGCCGGAGCUGAAGAACGUCACUCCGGAAGCAUUGCCUUGAACCCCGAGGACUGCGCAGAAGAGGACGCCGCAUUCCGGGGCACCCAGGGAGCCCUUAUUUCUUUUUUUUUUUUCAUGUCUUACUGUGCCCGACGAAAGAGAAGAAAGAAAAAAACACAAAAGAAAAGGCUGGGAGUGCGGCGGGCCGACGCGUCACUUUAGUGUCACCCACAAAGCCGCCUGAAGUUUGAAGAAGAAAAGAAGUCGGGAAAAGCCGAGGGGUUGAGGAUCGGCGUCUUCCUGCGGUUUGAACCCGAGUCUUCGUCGUCUCCAUUUGUAGGGUUUAGAAAAAGACGCAUUGCUUUUCGGGUUUGCAUUGUCUUUGUUGCCUUAAUUGUAAGGACGUCGGAGUGGCAGGAUGGUGGGGCCGCUCCGGAGCGCAGAGCAGCUGGGACUUUACUGCUGAAUGGCUGAGCACAUUCAAGAGCCGAAAACGAGACAACAAAAGGACAAAAAGAAAGAAGAGAAAGUGGCGCCGAGGGGACGGAAAGGCAGCCCUUGGGGGUCUCUCACUGCAGCUGAUGGCGUCUCUGCUUUUUAUCCGCAACGUUUUUUAUGAGCUUCCCGAGUUUUUAGUCCGCUCUGCUUGUUAGAAUUAAAAGCAAAAUGUAGCGUAGCCAGGAGCCCACGGCUCAGAAAUCAAAAAAAUGAAUCAAUAAAACCGACGAGUCCAAAAGCAAUAGAUCGAGGACAUUGGUGACAAUUCUGUAGCCUUCCUAGUCGUUUAUACCAAAGACCAAGUGACACUCGCCCCGAGGACGCAGGCAACAUGGCAGCGACACUCGCUUUGUUUCUUUCCAUUUUUCUUCCACUGGCGUCCAAGCAGACAUGUGCCACCCGCACCCACCAGUCCAAAGUCACCGCUUGAGCGUCCCCUCUGGCCGGCGAUGUAGCGUCACACACUCGCAUUCAUUCGCCCUCUGAGCUCCUCUUCCUCCAUGAAUUCCCCGUUUUCUGUGUGUUCCGCUCCCUGACAGUUCAUGGGGACGAGGACACCCACUGGUGAUAGGCUAUAGUCACUUGGGGGUCUGGCGUGGGCACGUCAUCGUGACCCCCAGAGUGAGCAGACGCCCAUGUGAUGCCGGUGGGCUUCCUUUGGCUCCUGGCUGCAGCGCUCUUCUGAUUUCUUCUUCAUCUUCCUCUUCUUCUCACUUCUUACUAAUAAACAGGACUGUGCCUUUCUGUUGC